ACAAAAUUUCACAUCACAGAACAUAACCCCACUUUCCAAGAUGUCUCAUGUUGAUCUGGGUUUUUUGGAAGAUUGUGACGACUGGCAGGUUGAGAGUCGCCUUUUUCCGAGCAAAGUAGGCGGAAAACCGGCCUGGUUGGAUCUGGAAAGUCUGCCGAAAGUCGACGAUUUAAAAUGCGGAAAAUGUGGAAAGGUUAUGUUGUUUUUGUGCCAGAUUUACGCCCCCAUUGAGGAUGACGACGACAAUUUUCACAGAACGUUGUUCGUUUUUGUUUGUAGAAAUGGUGGUUGUUGCGAGAGAAAUGAUUCGAGGAAUAUUGGAGUUUUGAGAUGUAGUUUACGAAGGCAGAAUAAGUUUUAUGAUUUUGACGCUCCGAAAGAGGAGCCUGAUUUGACUUUUGAUACAAGUAAAUGGGUGAAGUUGUGUAAUUUAUGUGGAAGCUUAGCGGAAAAACAUUGCAGUCAAUGUAAGAAAGUUGCAUACUGUGAACGGGAGCAUCAAGUCCUGGAUUGGAAAGAAGGGCACAAAACUGAAUGUAAUUUCGAUAAAAUUGACAGAAAAUCGUCAAUAUUAUUCCCACAGCACGAGAUUGUUAUAGAGCCUGAGGAUAUAACAGAAAACACAACAGACGAGAACAAAGAAAUAGAAGAAUUCAAAAAAUUACAAUCUGAAGGUAGAACAGGUACACUUAACGAAAUUCCUGAGUCAGAUUUAGACGCCCACGCCACCACAGACACUGACAAAGCAUUCUCGAAAUUCAAAAAGAAGAUAUCGGAAAAUCCAGACCAAAUAUUAAGGUAUCAACGCAAUGGUAAGCCAUUAUGGAUUGCCAGCGAACCUAUACCAGUAACGAUUCCUGAGUGUGAGUUAUGUGGAAGUGCAAGGCAAUUUGAGUUUCAGAUUAUGCCUCAAUUACUUACAAUGUUGAAGGAGGACGAGUUGGAUUGGGGGGUUAUAGCCAUUUAUACUUGUAAUAAAAGUUGUAUGAAAAAUGCUGGAUAUGUUAAAGAGUAUGUUUUUAAGCAGGAUGUGGCAUUAAAUAGUUUCUAGAAUAUGGUGUUUUUGUGCUUUG